AUGGCCGCGGAACCGACGUUGGCCUCGCUAGCUGCUCUGGCGUCCACGUCCGCCGCGCUUGGGGAGGACGCGUGGGCGGACCCGUCGUCUUCGCUGCGGACCAAGGAGCAGGUCAGGAGGCAUUACGUGCGUCAGCUGCACAAGGUCAUCGACGAGAGCGAUAUUGUCGUGCUCGUGCUCGAUGCGCGCGAUCCGGAUGGGUGCCGGAGCCGGUUGGUCGAGGAGGAGGUGAGGAGGAAGGAGAGUGAGGGGAAGAGGUUGGUGUUUGUGUUGAAUAAGAUUGAUCUCGUUCCACGGGACAACGCGGAGCAGUGGCUAAGGCAUCUGAGGCAUUCGGCGCCGACGCUGCCGUUCCGCUCGGCGACGUCGAAUCAGCGGUCGAAUUUGUCGUCGACGACGGCGCCGGCGCUGCUGAGGCUGCUCAAGGCUUACAAGCCGUCGGCGAAGAGCGUGACGGUCGGUAUCGUCGGAUUCCCCAAUGUCGGGAAGAGCAGUCUGAUCAACUCUCUCAAAAGGUCUAAGGUCUGCAGCGUUGCAGCUCAGCCAGGACACACCAAGGACUUGCAGUCCAUUCAACUCGAACGCGGUAUUCGUAUCAUUGACUCGCCAGGAGUCGUUUUCGACGAUGACACCGACACGAAGAGCGCUCAGAAGACUAGUAUUCUUCUCAGGAACGUGGUCAAGGUUGAGGAUGUCGACGAUCCUAUCGCCGUUGUGGAGGAGAUUCUCGCACGAACGGCGGAGGAAACGGUACAGAAGAUAUACAACGUCCCGCAGUUCUCCUCUACGAUCGAGUUUCUGACUAUGCUGGCGCUGAGUAGCGGACGACUGCUCAAGGGCGGAACUCCAGAUGUCCUGGCAGCGGCCCGGCACGUCCUGAUGGACUGGAACCACCAAAAGAUUCCAUACAUGAGCACACCGCCCGUCGUGCACCCGUCGUUGGUGCCGGCGACCAUGGCAGGAUCUGAGACCGUCGCUCCGGGAGCGGAAGCCACGGGCCAAGCGCAGAUCCUCAACGAGCUGUCGAAGCCGUUCGAACUCGCGGGUUUUUUCGGUGCUGCGGACGCUGGGGCGUUUGGCGGGGACGCUGCGGAUCAGGAGAUGGAGGAGGACGGGGGGUUUGUGCCGGACCAGGAGGAGCAGAUGGCGGAGGAUGUCGUUGAUGAUGGGUUAGUUCUCCCCGAGGAUUCUACGUUUGAGGAGUCUGACUGA